CUGGUGAGCAGCAACCACAGUACGUCCCACACAGUGGACCAUUAACUUCCUGAAAAACGAAGGGAGGUUAGACAUGACAUCCAUGAGCCCUCAGGACUUUGGAAAUGGUUUGAGUGAUGCUCCUGUUGUAAAUCACAGACAUGGGGAAUGCCACAGCCGGGUUCAUUCUCCUCGGACUCUUUAACCACACCAGAGCUCACCUGGUUCUCUUUGUGCUGGUUCUGACUGUGGCCCUCAACUCCGUGGUAGGCAAUGCCCUCCUGCUUCUCCUGAUUCACCAGGACCGCCAGCUCCACACACCCAUGUACUUUCUCCUCAGUCAGCUCUCUCUUAUGGACAUGAUGCUGGUCUCCACCACAGUGCCCCAAAUGGCAGCUGGUUAUUUGACGGGCAAGAAGCCCAUCUCCAUGGCUGGCUGUGGCUUCCAGAUCUUCUUCUUCCUCACACUGGGAGGUGGCGAGUGCUUCCUCUUAGCGGCCAUGUCCUAUGACCGCUACGUGGCUAUAUGCCACCCUCUGCGCUACCCCGUUCUCAUGAGCUGGCAGUUAUGUUCGAGACUGACCUUGGGAUCUUGGCUCCUGGGUGCAGCUGAUGGAGCCAUGCAGGCUGCCGCCACAAUGAGCUUCCAGUUUUGCAACCGGAACAAAAUCGAUCACUUCUUUUGUGAGGCCCCUGUGUUGUUGCACCUGGCUUGUGGUAACACAUCUGCCUUUGAGUUUGUCAUGUACAUCUGCUGUGUGUUGAUGCUUCUGGUCCCCUUCUCCCUCAUCCUGACAUCGUAUGGCCUCAUCUUGGCCACCGUCCUCAGAAUGCGGUCCACAGAAGCCCGCAAGAAGGCCUUUGCCACUUGCUCCUCUCACUUGGCUGUAGUGGGCCUCUUCUAUGGAGCUGCCAUUUUCAUCUACAUGAGACCCACAUCUUCCAGGUCGGCUAACCAUGAUAAGAUUGUAUCGGCAUUCUACACUAUUGCCACCCCCAUGCUGAACCCCCUCAUCUACAGCCUUAGGAACAGCGAGGUCAAGGGAAGCCUGAGAAAGUGUGUGGCUCGUUGUGCUGCCCUUACUAGUAGAGAUACCUUGGUUUGCUUGGACUCUGGCAGCUGUACAAAGAGGAAGGACAUCCAGUAGGCACCUUCAUGGGGUUAUGUGUCAGGAUGCCCAGUGGAUACCUGAAGCCACUGAGAAUUGCAAUCUCUGUUGUUGAGUUUCUUUUCCACCUUAACUCAACAUUUCUAUCCUGUGGUUGGAACUGGGGGGACCUGAGGAGUCUCUGCAAACCUAUGACUAUGUUGUUGUGUCCUUUCUCUCAAUUUCAUGGAAACCUUUCUUCUUAUAGCUUCUGUAGUUUAACUUAAUAAGCACCUUACAACUUGCCUUUUUGUUUGUUUGUUUGUUUUCGUUUUUUAAGACAGGGUUUAUUCUGUUUAGCACUGGCUGUCUGGAACCUCACUAUGUAGACCAAACUGGUCUGGAACCCAUAGAUCCUCCUGUCUCUGCUUCCCAAGCAUUGGGAUUAAAGUUGUGUGCCACCACCACCCAGCGAGCUUGUCUUUAAUAUAGCUAGAUUUCAGUAUCACAGCUUUUACAUUUCGGGGAAAUAAAGGUCAUUAGAACUGAGGUGGAUCCUAUGUGGCGAUGAAUGGGUAGCAUACAUAGAGUGGAUACGCUGGUCAUAACUGGGUACCAGAACUGUAAGCCAUCUCAACAUGAUACUCAGGAGGCAGCACUGUAUUGAAAGAGUUAAAAAUUCUGAAAGUUUUCAUUAUUUUUCAGAUGACAAUUGUCUGCAGGAAGCUAUAAGUGUGGAAGGCAAAGCCACAAGUAAGGGGUGUGUGUGUGUGCAUCUAUGCCCAUGACUCAGAUAUUUUUUGCUUUACUCAGAGGUUUUGGUAAAUCUACAUGCUGGGAGUUGAGUGUGGAGCUGCCUUCUCAUUUCAAAAUGAAUUCUGAAAAAACUGAAAAAUCACAAAUUCUCAGUGAAGUUCUCAUGCCUCUCCACACACAAAUUUUUAUGCCAGCAGGAAAUGAAAGCAACCUUGAGUAUUAACUGCCAGUUGGUUUCAAGUCUGGGGAACUGAAGCACAGUUUUCUAGCUUGGGGUACGCACAGCAAGCUUUAUCUUCCAGACAAUUCUAUAGGGCUCUGCCUUUGUAUCUAUUACUAAGAGAUGCAGAGUCCAAAGCUGGACAGAGGUCCCCUGAGCCCUUUUCUUUUUUUUUUAACUUUAGUUCUUUUGUUUAUUUAUUUAU